AAAAGUAAAAUUAGCUUCUCUCUGACGAGAGGUUGAAAUUUUAAACACAAACUUUAAAGUUUUAACAUUUUACAAAUUUACAAUACUGUUGAGAUGGAUCUUUUUUUAGGGUAUUUAAGUCCAUUAAGACUCUUUAAAGAUUUUAUACGUGUUCCUAUUGAAGCUUUUCUUGGCAAGCAAUAUUUGAAUUACAAGCAGAAAACUAACAAAGGCAUCAAUAGCGUAAAAGAACUGUUGCUAAAAGUAUGCAUAUUAACUGUGUUUUUGUCAGCAAUUAUGUGGAUUUCUAUUUUUAUGUAUAUAAUUUUUUACUAUAUUUAUAUGCCAAAUGUCACACAUAUAAGACCAGUGCAUUUACAGUUCAGAUCAUGCGAAGAAAACAUGGGUGUCUGCUCCUUUCCGUCAGCUCACGUUCAGCUCACACGGUGGAACAAUCUGCUUAUGCCAGGGCAGCUGUAUCGAAUAAAACUGCUUUUGGACAUGCCUGAGUCGCAGGUGAAUAAGGAUUUAGGCAUGUUCAUGGUGUGCGCUCAGAUGCGGGCAAAAGGAGGUGUGUUUGUCUCGUCGUCAUGCAGAUCGGCUAUGCUUAGAUACAGGUAAUACUUCCUCAUAUAAUUAUUAUUACUAUAAACUUUUAAAAGGACAGUGUCUGGUAGCAUUCAUAAAGUAAAUAUCACCAUCAUCAUCAGCAUCAUUACAUGCCUUUACAAGUCCACUACUGAACAUAGGCCACCUCGAAAGAACGCUACAAAACAUGGUCGAUUCACCUGCACUGCAUCCAUCGACUUCCUGCAUGUCUAAUGACACUCCAUCCAACGGGGUGAUACCUUACACUUCGUUUACCCGUACGAGGCUACCACUUGAAAACCUAUCUUUACCGUCGCUUGUCAGUUUUAAGCUAUAUGACCGGCGCAUUAUCACUUCAGCUUACUGGUCCAUUGAGCUAUGUGGUUUACUCUGGUUCAACUGCGGAUAUCUUCAUUAUGAAAUGUAAUACGCAGAGAAACUCUAAGCAAAGCCCUCUCCAUAUCUUGCUGAGCGACCUUGAGCUUGGCUGGCAGUGUAAGCAAAACACGCACUGGUUGUACACCCUCCUUUUCAAGCUUUGAGGUAUACGUGACCAUGAUAAACUAGGUAUAUCAUUAUCAUUUAUCAUUACAGCCGUUUACAAGUCCACUACUGAACAUGGCCUCCCCCAAGGAAUGCCACAAAACACGGUCCUGAGCCACCUGCAUCCAUCGGCUUCCUGCAUGUCUUAGCAGUUCGUCACUCCGUCUAGUUGCGGGCCGCGCUACAAUUCGCCUACCAGUACGAGGCUGCCACUCGAGAACCAUUCUUUCCCAUCGGUUGUCGGUUCUUCGAGCUAUAUGGCCGGCCCAUUGCCACUUCAGCUUACUAAUCCGUUGGGCUUUGUCGGUUACUCUGAUUUUAAUUAGAUAUAAUAAGUAAAAAAAUAACCUUAUUAAUAUUCCCCUGUACAGAUUGCUCGUGCUAAACGCAUCUAUUUUCGCCAGAAUUUCGAUUAAAGUUGCUGUAAGUAAUUAACAAUUUAAGUAGUUUUUCAUUGGUAGUAAAUUUCAAGUGUAGUUGGAGUAUUAGUCAGACUAGAAUGGUCUAGAAAUUGAUCUGUAGGUAUGAAUUGGAGCCGAUGCAAUUAACGAAUCUUACGAAUGUCGCAAAACACGACAUGCAUAGGGAAAUUUAUAUUGUAAUGAAUAUUGUAUAAUAAUAGUUAUAUUAUAAAUUUAACUUCUAAAGUUGAUGCUAAGAUGUAUUGUAUCGACGUAUUAAAGCCCUGACCGUUAUUUUAUUCUGCGUCGGCUUUUUUUAUUAAAGGUUUUUUAAUCAUUAAUUGUGGGUGGAUUAAGCAAUAUCACAAGCUCAAGGUAACAAGUAAAAUGUCCAAAUCGUUACAAUAAACACUUCGUCCCUUCUAUUAAUUUCAAUCGGUUCGGCCUUUUUCGAGAAAUCGAUAAAAAUAUACGUAUCGUAUAGAACCUCCUCCCUUUUCGAAGUCGGUUAAAUACAAAAUAUAUUCAUCGUUGUGUAUGGCGAAAGAAAUCGAGAUGUUUCGGGGAUUGCGCUUGAAAUCCAUUUUCCUUAAUCCGUAAACAAUUAAAGCUGCUUGUCAAGCCUUGAAAGAAUUUUCAACGGCACUUUUCGAUAGUUUUAGAUGAUGUUUCCCAUUAUAAAUGGAGAUUUUUUAUAGUAUCAAAAUGGCAAAGGGCUAACAUUCGUCUGGUGGUAAGAAAUGGCAGCCCAUGGACACCUGGAAUCAACUUAAGGACUAUGGAUGGUGGAAAGUCUCGUAGCUUGUUUAUUUUACCUGGAUCUCGUCUCACUAACUCUUCAAAUCGAAACAUAGCAGUGGACGUACUGACGUCAUCAGCAGAAAUAACGAGAACGUGGUACCUUUCUAUCUAGACUCUAUGAGUCCCAUAGGCAAAAUAUGAGCCAAACUCCUCAUAAACAAGGGAGUCUUCAAGACGUUUCACAUGAUAAAUUCCAAGUGUGUGAAGAAGUUACGUGAUUUAAUUUCUCUCUCCCCUUUCCACUAUCGGGACAAGCAGAUGCAGCGGGUUUCCACUUUGUUAUCGAUUCCACGCAGUCGACCAAAAACAAAAAUAAACAAAAAAAUCGGUUUGCUUUGUCUUUUGUAAUGCAAAGUAUUGGAAUAAUUUGCCGACUUCUGUCUUUCCGAGCCGUUGUAGCUCAGGGGUUAAGUGCUCGAUGUAAAUUUCCCAGUACGCGAGCAGCCCGGGUUCGAUCCCCGCCGACACCAAUGAAAUUGUCAAUUGCAAUUUUAAGUGCUAAUUUACCACGUCUUGGCGGUGAAGGAAACAUUAUGAGGAAACCUGUAUGCCUGAGAAACAAGAAAUUUCGAAGGCAUUGUGAAGUUCGCCAAAACGCAUUGGGGCAGCCCGGCGGACUUUUUCUUGCCCUAAAACCCUCUCAUAAAUGAGAGGGGGUCUGUGCCCAGCAGUGGGAAGUAUUUAAGGCUGCAACUUUUUUAACUGUCUUUCCAUCCGAUUAAAAUCUGGGUGCCUUGAAGACAAGAGUUAGUCUUUUACAGUUUAAGUCUGAAUUACCAUUUGGGCUUCACUACCGCUUACCGCCAGGUGGGGUAGUAACAAGGUAUUAACUUAUAAUAAGUUAAAAAAAAGUUUGGUGUAAAAAUGCUGUGUAACAAUAUCAGGCAAUAUUCGUGAUGUAGAUUUCCCACCAGGUCGCGAUUACAUGAGUUAAUCAGGACAACGGUCUUUGCCCCUUUGUUACUUAGCGGGUUUGAAGAAGAGAAACAGCAGAUUCAAGUCGAGUUGUUUAGCGACUUUGUAGACGAUUCGGUAAGUUUUUAUAAGUUUGGUUUAUACAGUUAUACUAAAAUAUUAUGUCCUUUUUCUUUUAAAUUCAGAAUGCGUGUUAUGCAUUAUUUUAACUGAUUUUCAUUCAUAACUAAUGCCUAUUAUUUUACUACGCACGCACACAUACGUAAGGGUCGCUCGGUCGGCUAAAAGUUGUGAAUUGUAUCGCACACAGAGUAGCGCUUGUACGCUUAAUUGUUGCCCCUAAAUCACAUUCAAUUUGGGAUAACUUCAAAUAAAAAUAGAAGCCUUAUUUACUCCUAUUUUCAAAAACUGCUAUAACGGUAUAUCAUUAUUUAUAUAUUUGAACUUAAAUAUAAGAUUUGGAUACUCUUUGAAAAAUAACCUUGUAUAGAGUAAUAAUUUUGUGUUGCUUAGUGUUUUAUCAUGUAAAAUAAUACUUUUUAUUCUUUCUUAUUUAUCGGUCCGUAAACGUCAACUGCUGGACAUGGGCCAUUUUCUUAUAUCUCAUACGCUUGGCUGGUAGAAUAACGACCACAGUGUCAGAUGUGAGCUUUUGAAUCUUAGCCCGUCCCUCGUCUGAGCAUUUUACGUCUGACAUAAACAAGAUGAUUUUACCGCCACCUAUCGGCCCAGUCACACAGACCCAUGGGACGAAAAGAGGUGAACAAUUCUCUUACGCUCCCACCACAUGACAAGUAAUUAUGCAUGACCUUAUACUAACUAUAUCGAUUGAGUCGGUAAGUCAGUUGCCUUUUGGAUUUAUAAAAACACCAGCCACUUUUCAUCAAGUUCUAAAUCUAUAAACUUAGUGCUUACUUCUUAGGCAUUGAAUAAAAUAAUGACAAGUGUAACGAAAAUGAAAGGACUGAUAUUGCGGGAUUUCUGCAGUAUAUAUAAUAUAUUCAUUAUAUGCUAUCAGACGAAUUAGGUAGUUAGUAUUAGUAUAAGAACAUCCACUACCCCAUUCCGUCCCGAGGGUGUCGUAAGAGGCGACCACCAAGCGUGGCAAAUAUGUCAAAAUCCUUCCCCCCCAUUAUAUAGGCUGUAAUGGAUGAGUGAAUGAAAUUAGAUAGUUCACCAUCAUUAAUUAAUUUCUACAUAAUUUGAAUUUUCUACUCUUAGUAUUCCCUUAAAACUCGUUUGAGCUUGCGCCUUGCUACUUGCGAAAGACUGUCAAAAUACCCAAUAACAAACAGUGUCAGGAAACGUGUUUUCUAGUACAUUGUAAAGAAGUAGUUUCUUUUCGUCCACUGUUCACUACACAAGGCUACUACUUGUGAUAUUUUUUACCAGGAAUUACCAGUCACAGACGCGUAUGUGGAACUCCAGUCGCGUUUUGCACAAACGUAUAGCUGCGAGCUGCACAUACAGGCGCAUUUCUCUGGGCUGCGGUAUGUGAUGUAUUACUGGCCGCGUAUUUCAGCGCUCGUUGGAAUCUCUACGAAUAUUUUCUUCGUGUCUUUCAUAUUCAUCCUUAGUUGGUAUCACCUGCAAGACGGGAUUCCCGAAUUUAUUAAGGCUACAUUCGGUGGAGCGGAAGUAAAGGCCGAAGACGAUGAUAAGAAGGUUGUCUUGGGGAAAGUGAAACUAGAGAGGGGCAGUAAAGAAUCGUUCCCGUAUUUCGAGGACGAAGCACUACUUGAGGAAUUCCAGCGUUUGGAGCAGAAAAAGACUUGAAGAGACUGAUAUCGAUAUUUUUUAAUUCAGACUGUUUUUAUGUAAUUAACGUAUCGGGUACAAAUAAAUUAUUAUGUCAGUUAUUUAUGUGUGAGAUUUUUCUAUGGAUUUUUUUACAAAAUACAAAUAAAGGUUUAAUUGUUUAG